AUGUUUUGUUUAAGCUUAAAUAUUUUCUUUCUUCGGUUUUAUUAGUCUAGAUCAAAUACAAUGAAGACCAAGGCUAUUAAUUGCGAAAAAAGCCGAGAAUAAAGGCCAUUCAUCAAAAUAAACCCCAACUUUGAGGCUGUUAAUGCCAGUAAAGUCUGAAAAUAAAACUUCAAAAUAGAAAAGGAUGUGUCGGAUUUCGUCGGCUUGAAAUGUAAAUGAAGCCUAACCCAGUAUUUAAGAGAGAGCGUUUGCUUUUCUGUAGCUAAUAUUUUAAUCGUCGGCGCGUUAAAAGGAGGAAAUGGAAGAACAUGACUCUGUCGAUUUUAAUUUGAAAAGUAACGCCGGAAGCGUAGCGUUCAAUAUCACUAGCCUGUCAAUCCAAGCGUGACUACGAGCGUAGUUUAAACGAAGGCGUCGUCUUCUCUGUCAUGUAAUAAAACACACUUCGUGGUGCGCGUUUAUCGCUUCCUUCGCUGCUUUUGAGCGAGAGCGUCGGUUCAACUUGCUCUCCCCUCGGCGAGCUCCUCAUGUGCGCUUAAAAUGGUCCUCAUCAAGGUUUACGUCGCCUCCUCAAGUGGAUCUGUGGCGGUGAAAAAGCAGCAGCAGGCGGUGGUGGGCUUCCUGGAGGCCAACGGAAUCCGCUUCCAGCAAGUGGACAUCGCCAUGCUGGAGGAGCAGCGGCUUUGGAUGUACCGCCACAUCCCUGGCGAUAAGCGGCCGCCCGACGGCAACCCGCUGCCGCCGCAGAUCUUCAAUGACGACGUCUACUGCGGGGACUACGAGGACUUCUUCCGGUCCAAAGAGAACAACGCCGUCUUUGCCUUCCUGGGCCUCGCCUCUCAAACCUCUGGCAAAGAGUCUUAGAGGGCGGGAGCGAACAGCAAGGCGCAAGCUCCUCCUGUGUCGUGUCUCCUUUCCGCCGACGCCAACCGUGGGACUCCCUCCAAAUCCUCAUGUAGGCUGUGAUCAAAGAGACUUUUGGACCCCAAUGAGGGGAGCGUUGACAAUCGUGAAAUUGUUUGGCACCGCCUUUGCUCACCACUUGAGGGGCUUUCCAAUACAAGUAGCUCAACACGCUGAGCAAAUCCACCCACGUUGCCUGGACUUUUCUACUCACGUUGUUACUUUAGCAAUUCGGCAUCUUGAUGUCAAUCUGCCACCGUGCAAAAUAUUAAAGUCUGUACGUUGACUCCAUCCAAUUCAAAACGAUGUCUCAUA